CGUGGUUUGAAAUGUGUGCUGUGUGAACGGAACAGUCAACUUGUGCAGGAGGCUAGCGCAGGAAAUAGAUGUCCAAGCUACCUUUGUUACUUAAAUCUGCCCACAACAACGGUGUGACAGGUGCUCAUCUUAUCUCGAGGGAGGAUCUUCUGCGGAGAGAGCCCCACCUGAAUCCAGCUGCAGUCGGAGCGAUGGUGAUACCAGGGGAGUCAGUCGUGGACCCAUGGCUCAUACCUGUCACACUGGCACACAAAGCCUGGCAACACGGGGCCAAGAUCAUGAGAGACUGCAAGGUGCUUGGAGGGCAUCUUGAAAGAGUCAGCCAUUGGUUGCUUCAAACUUCAAGAGGACCAAUCAGAAGCAGAGUUGUCAUCAACUGUGCUGGUCUCCAGGGCGACAUAGUGGAAGCCAUCAACCAGCCCAGUCCUUUUCGGAUCCAUCCGAGAAAGGGCCAGUUUGCAGUGUUUGACUGCUCAGCUGCAAGUCUUCUCCACUCCAUCAUCCUACCUGUCCCAACAGAGAGGACAAAAGGUGUUCUGGUCUUCCCAUCAGUGUACGGCAACAUUGUGGUCGGGCCUACAGCAGAGGACCAGGAAACUAGGGAGAAUCCACAAGUUCAUCAGAAAGUCAUUGACGAGCUGACGAGAUACGCUCACUUUGUCCUUCCCGAGUUGGCUGAAUAUCCAGUUGUAGUGACCUACGCAGGGCUCCGUCCAGCAACACAGACAAAGGACUAUCACUUCAUUGUUGACAAGGACAGAGGAUGGGUGACCGUUGGUGGGAUCCGAUCCACAGGACUCUCUGCCUGUCUGGCUAUUGCCAGACGUGUUGCCAACUCCCUCCCAACAUCACAACCUUCCAUCACAUACCCAGAACACAGGCCAACCAUGAGAAAAACAGCACAAGAUACUGUGGAAAUGGACGGGGUGUCAUAUCGUAUUACACAUCCAUUGAUUAGGCUUGGGUUUGCUGACAAGGUGGCAAAAUUGUAGUUCAUCAUAAUCUUUCUUUAUUUCAGGCAUCCUUGGCCCAUAUAAAUAGAAGAAAACAUACAACAAAUAGAAAUGCACGUAAUAACACCAGUUAGAAAUAUGACAGAUCCUGAUAUUGCGGAAGAAUCUGUUGCGGAAGAUUACAUCAAAUUUGAGAACAGAUUGGAUGAUGUUAUUUGAGGAGUUGUACAGAGGGGAUAUGAAAGAAUAACAUUGUUUGCGCCAUGAAGUGUCAAAGGUGUCUGUCCUAUGGUAAACAAACACUGGCACUGCAAAAUCUAGAUAAAUACAACAGGUCUUAACACUACUGUUAGUGUCCUUUCCCCUGUAUAAUGGUACGGUCCAAAAAGUGGUCGGUUACUUUUAAGGUUACCGCCUGAUGAUGAUAAACCGAUGGGAAAUGGAGCCUUCUGAUUGGUGGACGUCUUCUGCAAAGUAAUACACGUUCGAUUCUGUGUAAGCUAUUAGAAGAUUUGACAAAAAGCGCGUACUUCAGGUACAUACUGUCCUU